GAGCGCGCUUGCGCAAUGGGCGCCGAGUACGCUCUAUCCAGGUCGAGACGUUAUCUUGCUUUUUGUUCCGGAAUAAGGAGCCGAGGGGAGAGGCUUUUUCGCCUCUGUUUCCCUCUUACACCUUCCCUUCCUAUGGACCGUAAAAACCUACUGCUGCUACUACGGAGCUAAACAGUCACUGUCUUAGCUCUAUGAUGUGCGUUCUUCCACUAGAAGCUUUUCUGACGGCUGAGGCAAUUUAAAAUCAGUACAAUGGAAAGAAAGUGCUGUAGGCGGCCUGGGUUAUGGCCCUUCUCAACAAUGUAUACAUUCCUGCUAGGUGCCUUAUUCAUUGCUUUAAGCUCAAGUCGCAUCUUACUGGUAAAAUACUCUGCCAAUGAAGAGAACAAGUAUGAUUAUCUACCAACUACUGUGAAUGUAUGCUCAGAACUGGUGAAGCUAGUUUUCUGUGUGCUUGUGUCCUUCUGUGUUAUAAAGAAAGAACCUCAUCGAAGUAGAAAUUUGAGAUGUGCUUCCUGGAAGGAAUUCUCUAAUUUCAUGAAGUGGUCCAUUCCUGCCUUUCUCUAUUUCCUGGACAACUUGAUUGUCUUCUAUGUCCUAUCCUAUCUUCAGCCUGCCAUGGCUGUUAUCUUCUCAAAUUUUAGCAUUAUAACAACAGCUCUUCUAUUCAGGAUAGUGCUGAAGCGGCAUCUAAACUGGACACAGUGGGCUUCCCUCCUGAUUCUCUUCUUGUCUAUUGUGGCCCUAACUGCUGGCACUAAAACUUCACAGCAUAACCUGGCAGGACAUGGAUUUCAUCAUGAUGCCUUCUUCACCCCAUCCAAUUCAUGCCUUCAUUUCAGAAGUGAAUGUUCCAGAAAAGACAAUUGUACGGCAAAGGAGUGGACUUUUCCUGAAACUAAAUGGAACACCACAGCUAGAGUUUUCAGUCACAUCCGCCUUGGCUUGGGCCAUAUCCUUAUUAUAGUACAGUGUUUUAUUUCUUCAAUGGCCAAUAUUUAUAAUGAAAAAAUAUUGAAGGAAGGGAACCAGCUCACUGAAAACAUCUUCAUACAGAACAGCAAACUCUAUUUCUUUGGCAUUCUUUUUAAUGGACUGACACUGGGCCUUCAGAGCAGUAACCGUGAUCAGAUUAAGAACUGUGGAUUUUUUUAUGGACACAAUGUAUUUUCAGUAGCCCUUAUUUUUGUAACUGCAUUCCAGGGCCUUUCAGUAGCUUUCAUUCUCAAGUUCCUGGAUAACAUGUUCCAUGUCUUGAUGGCUCAGAUCACCACUGUCAUCAUCACAGCAGUAUCUGUCCUGGUCUUUGACUUCAGGCCCUCCCUGGAGUUUUUCUUGGAAGCCCCAUCAGUCCUUCUCUCCAUUUUUAUUUAUAAUGCCAGCAAGUCUCAAAGCCUGGAAUAUCCACCUAGGCAAGAGAGGGUCAGAGAUCUAAGUGGCAAUCUUUGGGAGCGUUCCAGUGGGGAUGGAGAGGAACUGGAAAGGCUUACCAAACCCAAGAGUGAUGAAUCAGAUGAAGAUAAUUUCUAAUUGGUACCCAAAUAGUUGGCAGCUCUCACAAUUGUAUUUUCACAUUUUCAAUAUUUGUAAUAUUUAUGUUUUCAUUUUGAUAAACCAAGGAUGCACUAAAACAUAACCCUUUUUGUAUCUAUCUAAUCGCUCCUAAAAUGGUUUCAUCCCAAGGCUUAAAGUACCCAAAGUGUGAAAAAUUUCCCAGGAAAUGACACAGAUAUCAAAGCAUAGAGACUAUAUUAAUAACCCAGUGUUUUGUAAGUCAGCAACAAAUAUUUGCAGAUUAUUUUCCUUGUACUCCAAGUUUCCAAACUUGAAGUAAUCAUGUUAGCUAGAUCCUAUAAAUAUACAGAUAGAGAUCAGUUUGCCAGAUAUUCAUAAUUAUGUGGUUCUAGUCUGCAUGUGACAGUYUUCCCUUUUUUAUYAUAAAUAACAUAGGUUUUCUCCCCAAUUUAGAGUCUGUAGAGAUAGUCAUUUUGCAAUUAAAAAGCAAUGA